AUGAAAGGCGUGUUUGCCAACGUCCUGCUGGCUGCUACAGCUACAGCAGGCUUUGUCUCGCUGGAUCUAUCCAAAGAGGCUCGUUCUGUCGCUGCGCCUCAGCAGCUGACCUCGCGAACACAUACCCGUGAACUCGAACGACGCAAGAUCACUGAAGGCUUUUUUUUCGACAGUCAUUUUGGAUACAUGAUCAAUGUCGAGUUCGGCACGCCGCCUCAAAAGGUAGCCCUGUUGGUCGACACAGGAGCCAAUGACAUUUAUCCGCAUACCGUCAAGAAGUCGUCGUGCGACGCUAUAGCGCCUUGUCCCGGGUUAUACAACCCCAAUGCAUCUAGCACAUAUGCUAUCGCCAGUGGCAACGACCUUGAUGGAAAAUCAUUCUUCAGAAGUUUUACGCCUCAAGGAUCACUCAAUGGCAACUAUGUCAAAGAUGUCGUGUCUGUGGGAAGUGCAAAAGUGCAGAACCAGGUGUUUGGUGCCCUCACUGAUACAUGGAUUCGUUUCAAUAUAUUUGGCCUCGCGCCUACACCACCAGCCCCACGCUCGCCUGACGACGCAGAGUACAGUAGUCAUGUUUCCUUCUUAGACAAUCUUUACCGGCUAGGCUCCAUCAAUCGCAGGCUCUUCAGUCUUUACUUGGCGGGAGGAAGUCUGCUUCUCGGUGCCGUUGACACCGCCAAGUACUACGACAAGCUUGUUCCGCUUCCCAUGGCCCCUGUUUCGAGUUCCAAAGACGGCCAUGUCGAUUAUCGCGUCCAACUGUACGGGCUGACUAUGCCGGGCUUGCGCUCUGCUCUGGAAUUCGAAGAGACUGAUGACUUCUUGCUCGCAUCAGGCGCUGAUGGGCUAUAUCUGCCACCAGGCUUUUCGAAGCUCGGCCCGCUGCUCGAAGUCUUCUCAGAUACCCAGUUCGGAAAUCUUAUUGACUGUGACAUCGCGAAAAAGAACAACUUGACCAUGCAGUUCAAAUUUGUAGGCCUCGACAUCACUGUUCCUGGGUCCAGUCUUGUUGGUAAGCGGCUGAGCGAAGAGCAAAUAGCUGUGUUGGACCCAAAGCCGCCCACGCGAACAAAGGAAUGGAACAGUUUAUGCCCUUUCAAGGUUCGGGAGCAAUACCCUAAGGGUCCACCUAUCUUGGGCAUUCCGUUCCUCGAGAAUACUUAUGCCGUGUUUGACCAAGAAUCGCGGACGGUGGCGUUGGCGCAGGCCAAGUUUAACGAAAAGAACACCAAGAUUGUCGAAGACGCAAAGUCAAACGACUUCCUUCUGAUAUCCAAUGAACCCGUGCCCCAGAGCGUCAGGGACGGCUCGGCCGUUGCUCCGCGUCCUAGUCAGCCAGCGGGUGACAAGAAUGGCAAAGACGAUACCGGUAAAGGCGACAGUAAUGACAAGAGCAAAGACAAUAAGAACAACGGAGCGGCUGUGCGGGUAUGUGGUGGCGUAAUGAUCUCGGCGGCGGCAGCAGCUGCCGCUAUUCACUUGUAA